CAUCUCACAGUUGAUUCAGCACCUUGCUAAUAGCGCGCACAUUAACUGCAGCACAGAUCAGAGGAGGAGUGCCGUUACCAGAGAGGGAGAGGGACGUCUGUGUUGAGCAAAUGUGUGCUUGGUGCGUCCAGUGUGUGUUUGUGAGAGAAGGAGGGAUAGAGGCAGAGGGAGUGUGAGAGCGGGAGGGAGAGAAGCAGCGGACGUGUGUUGGUGGGAGCAGAGAGGAAGGAUGGCUGCUCAUGUUUGAAACUGCUUCACAUGCUCAAAAAGGAGGCAGAAAUUCAGCAGAGGCAGAGAAAAACACACAUGUCACUGGGGGACGCAUCCUGUUAAUCAUUUGUGGGGAGACAGCAAAGACUUGGCAAUGCCUGCAGAAGUGAAAGAGGAUCAGAGUUUGGAGGGGCCCCCUCCACUCUCCCUGCCCCAGGAGGCUAAGGAGGUGACCCAGGAAACCCCUACUAGCACUGAUGAACUGGACACGCCCACUUCCAUCGCUUCUGUGUUGACCUCAACCAACGAAAGCUCCACAGAAACCGACACCCCACAACAGACAGACACUGAGGAAUCCAAAGCUGUGGAUCAAGAUGGAGAAAAGGCUCAGAGUGAGACCCAAGAAACGUCAGAGCUGCAACAGGAGAAUGUCCACACACCUGAUACACCUGAUAUCACAUCAGCUCCAGAGCUGCAGGACAACACUUCCCCCGGGCAGCCUGUGUUCGAAGCAAAGGCUGAGCCCCCUGAGUCUGUUGUUUCAACCACAGCUAGCAGCACCACUGCAUCAGCUCCACAGCCUCAGCUGGUGCUGCAGCCUGCGGAGACUCUGCCAGUGAGCACAGACAGCCAGAGCAGAGUGUACACCAUUUCGGAUGCCUACAGAGGCAUUGGGGGCGAUCUCUGUGCUGGAUAUGGGAGCCUUUCUCGCUAUACUCUCCACGGUUACCUGCCCACCAAAAACUUCCAGCCUGGGGCUCACUACACCUUACCCUUCCUCAGGGACAGCUUUGCGUCCACUGGCCUUGGCAACCAGACAGAAGAGGACAGAGAGAACCUGCUGGACAUGAAGACAGACCUCUCAGCUGCAACCUACUCAACUCUUGGUGGAAUCCAUCAGUUUAGGCCAAUUACCACCAUGGAGCUCCUCCGGGAGCCCUCCAGAACCAGGAGUGGCUAUGAUGAUGCCUUCAUGGCCCAGCUGGAGGGGAACCUGAAUCCUCUUUUCCAGGCCAUGUGCCGAGCACAGACCCUCCAGAUGCCCCACAAACGCAGCAGCAUGGUUAGCCUGGACAGUAUCCGAAGAGACCCUCGCUGGAGAGACCCCAACCUGCAUGAGGUGAUCUCCAUGCUCAGCCACCCCAUGGACCCCGUCAAGUCCAAUGCAGCUGCUUACCUACAGCAUCUGUGUUAUGAGAACGACCGGAUAAAGCAGGAGGUGCGCCAGCUAAAUGGAGUGCCCAUCUUGGUGGAGUUACUGGACCACCCUAAAGCUGAAGUCCAUCGCAAGGCCUGUGGAGCUUUGCGCAACAUAUCGUACGGAAAAGACCACAAUAACAAAAUGGCAAUCAAGGUCUGCGAUGGCAUCCAAGCUUUAGUUAGACUGUUGAGGAAGUCCAGCAGCAUGGAGGUCAAAGAGUUAGCCACAGGCACUCUGUGGAACCUUUCAUCACACGAGCCGCUCAAAAUGACAGUCAUCAACCAGGGACUUCAGACUCUGACUGAUGAAAUCAUCAUCCCACACUCAGGCUGGAGGAGGAGACACUCAGCAGACUCCUCCAAACUGCAGAGUGCCGAAUGGACCACUGUGUUUAAGAACACCUCGGGAUGCCUGAGGAACGUCAGUUCAGACGGGGCAGAGGCUCGACAGAGGCUGAGGGAGUGCGAUGGGCUGGUUGCAGCACUCCUUCACGCCCUGCAGUCAGCAGUCAUCAACAAGGACACCGACAAUAAGUCGGUGGAAAAUUGCGUCUGCAUUCUUCGAAACCUGUCCUAUCAUGUUCACAAAGAAAUACCAGGAGCUGAGCGAUUUCAGGAGCCCCACACUGGUCAUCUGAUGAGAUCAGUGGGACAUCAGAAAAAAAAGAAAGAGGAGCCAGAGACCGUUACGGGGAAAAGACCCAAAGAGGAGUGGUUCAGUCAAGGUUGGAAAAAUGGAUUUAUGGACAGAAAGUACAGUACAUUGGAUUUACCAAAACGUACAGACCAAAUUAAAGGCUUGGAGCUGCUGUACCAGCCAGAGGUGGUCAGGCUGUACCUUUCUCUCCUUACAUGCAGUCACAACCACAAUACUCUGGAGGCAGCCGCUGGGGCGCUGCAGAACCUCGCUGCGGGACACUGGGCUUGGUCCAGCUUCAUUCGGGCAACCGUCAGAAAAGAGAAAGGGCUUCCCAUCCUGGUGGAGCUGCUGCGCUCUGAUGCGGACAAAGUUGUGCGAGCCGUGGCCAUUGCUCUUCGCAACCUGGCCAUUGAUAGAAGGAAUAAGGACUUAAUUGGAAGCUAUGCUCUGAGGGAUCUGGUCGGUAACCUGCCGUGUGGGCAGCAGCACCCGGCCAAGAACCUGGAUGGAGAUACAGUGGUGUCUAUUCUCAACACAAUUCAUGAGAUCAUCACAGAUAACCCAGAGAAUGCUCGAGCUCUCAUACAAGGUCAUGCUGUGCAGAAACUGGUAGCAAUCAAUAAGUCCAGCCAAUCCGCUCGGGAGACCAAAGCGGCUUCCCAUGUCCUUCAGACAAUAUGGGGCUACAAGGAACUGAGAACCACUUUGAACAAAGCGGGCUGGAGCAAGAGCCACUUUAAGACCACAACUUCUGGAGCGACAAAAAAAGCUAAGAGUGGAAAGCAAAGCGGUGACGACAUCACUCUGCCUCUCAUGGACAAAAACCAAGAUGUCUAUUCCUCCUUAGAGCCAAAUGACAGGGUUGGAGAUGGAAAGGCAGCUGUUGUGGAAAAAGACACUCUUCAGGCGAUAAGCGAAAGAAAACACUUCAUCAGAGCUGGCAGGCCUGCAGUGGGCCUCAUGGAUAACAAACCUCCACCACUGGACUCCUGGGUAUAAAUGUAACAACACAUCCAGGCCAGCCAGUUGAGACACUUUCCAUUGGUCAGAUCUUGAUAUGUGCCAUCCGAUCAAUCUUGUACAGACAAAAAGCCAGUUUAAAAAAAACAGAAAAAACAACAAAAACUCCUUUGUUUACAGGACUAAAUGUGCCAAGCAUUUACAAGUAUUUAUUAUGGAGAUUAUUUGAGAGUAGACUUUAUAGAUUUCUCAUUUAGGACGAUAUACUGUACAUUUCAACUCAUGACUGAUUAUGUGUGAUAAAUGAUAAGGUAACCCAAAUAUGCAAAUAGUGGUGAAACAUGACUCCAAAGAAUAUAUGACAUAUAUAAUUUGAUUUUGUUCUGCUUAUCUAUGGUAUACUUUUAGUUUGUCAAGGCUAGUUACACUUAUAAUGGCAUGUGGAUUUUUUGUUGUCCACCUCCACGAUUCAAGGAUGAAGACUGAUUCUGAAAUAAUUCUUGAAACAUUCUUGUUCAGUGUCUGAUGCAGUUAGGAGUACUAAGGCUACUAUUGUCUUAAUUACCCAGACAAUUUAGGACUGAAUUUAAUCUUGAUAAAUAAGAGUAAACUGUUGUGUCAUUUUUUUCUCUCUACAAGUCUCUAUAACAUUUUUGUCAUGAUUGGAAAAAUGGGAUUGUACAUGUGUAACAAAGGACUGUUAAUAUUCCAAGUGAAGGCAUUUAUAUUGUAACAUUUAUAGUAAUACCCAUGUUAUUAUCAAGAGUUAUUUAUGUGAAAUAACCAAUAUCAGUAAGUGAUACAGCUCUGCUUUGCAGUGGUCCUUUUUGCAUUGCGAUGUUAAAUGAAAACUAAAAUAAAUGCUGUG